AUUGUUUUCUCAUAUCUUGCUCUCGCUUUUCUCCAUUUUUUUUCUCUCUACGCUUUCCUCGUUACACGCCUUUGCGCGAUGCGAUGCUGAUCUCGAGCUUUUCCAGUCAAUGCGAAGAAGGAAUCCAAAUCCAAAUCGCGGCGGCUUGAAUCGCAGCUGCCGAGCUUUUCUCCCAUCGCCGGGAUCCGAGUGAGCGGGAUCGAGAAUCAUCGCUCGGGAUUGCAGGGAAGAACAUUCGUACGAGAGAUGCCUCCAGCGAGGAAGAAAGCCAAAAAAGUGGACGCGGCGGAGCCAUCCAGCAGCGGCAGCGCAGAUCCACCGGCACAGAAAAAGCGAGGCCGGCCUCGCAAGAUCGUCGUCAAGGAGGAGGAGGAGGAGGAUCAGCAGGAAUACAAGAGCGCCUCCAUCGCCGCCGAGCAAGAGGCAUUGAAGCGAGCCAAGCUCCCAGCGAUUCAAGGAUCGUCGGAGAUGAUAGGCGAGCCGGAUGGGGGAAAAAUUCUCUCGGAGCCCGCCAGCGCCAUCAAAGCUCCCACCGCUGCUGCCGCUGCCGCCAAGAGGGAUGGGCGACGUCGCAAGAGCGAGCCUCACAGAGCUCCCGGUGUUCUCAUCGAAGGCUUUUUGUGAGCUCCAUCGCCAACUAGGGAGAAGAUGAAGAUCACUGCAAAGACUCCAUUGACACGAGAUCGAGAUCGAUCAAAGGUUAGGCCAAGCUCCACUGCGAUUCUAUUCUUUCUUCGCUUUUUUUUUUUCUUCGUUGUUCUUCGUCGCCUUGUUCCAGAUCGUCGUUGAUUCAUUCAUUCGUUUUUAUCUCUUGGAUUUUUUCUGGGAUAUCAUCGCUGUUUGCUCGAAGUGUUCUAGCAGUUCUAAGUAGCUGUGGAAUUUUAUUUUUUUUUCCUCUCUUUUUUUCUAAGACAGUCCAAGCAAAAUCCCAAACUUUUGUCCUCGUGUUCUUCAGCCGCGCCGUGUUUUUCCGUUGCGAGAUUUUCCUCUUCUUCGCGUUUCCUGGAUUUGUUUAGCGUAAAAAAAACUGUCGGUGGUGGCUGAUCAAGUGUUUGAUCGAUUGGAAGGAAAAAAAAAAGAGAGAGGAAAGUGGGAAAUUUUGACUUCCUCCAUGAUUUUUAUCGCUUGA